UGGAGGAGCGGCGCGGCGUACGGAGCCAAUGGCGGGGCGGCUGCGCGGAGCCCCGGCGCCCCCCGCCCCCGGUGGACCGCGUCCGCCCCGCACAAUGAAUGGGAGCGGCGAGCGCUGAGCGCGGCCCCGGAGCACGGAGGGGAGCGCGGCCCGGCCGCCCACCCGGCAAGGAUGCCGAGGGCGGGGAAGGCGGGCCGGUCCCUGGGGCUGCCGCGUGUCUUCUCUUUCUGUUUGUUCCUGCACAGCUCCUCUGCUCAGAUCCGGUACAGCAUCCCCGAGGAGCUCACCCGGGGCGCCUUCGUGGGCAAUAUCGCAAAGGACCUGGGCACUGAUGUGGCGAAACUGGCGGCAGCUAAUCUGCAGGUACUGUCCGAUUCGGAUUCGCAGUACUUCUCAGUCAAUGUGAACACUGGUGUUAUAAUGGUCAGCGAGCGGAUAGACCGGGAGCAGCUCUGUGGGCAGAACCCACGCUGCUUCCUCCACCUGAAACUUGCCAUCGAGAACCCAGUGGAGUUUUACCGCAUUGAGGUGGAGAUCCUGGAUAUCAAUGACAACCCCCCGGCAUUCCCCAGUGAUGAGGUUUCCUUGCGGAUCUAUGAGCUGGCAUCCCUGGGUGCCCGCUUCCCCAUCCAGCCUGCCCAGGACCCUGAUGUGGGCACCAACACCUUGCAGACCUAUCACCUGAGUGCCAAUGAGAACUUCAACCUCAAUGUGAAGGCGCGCACAGAUGGUGGGAAGUUCCCUGAGCUGGUGCUGGAGAGGGCCCUGGACCGGGAACUCAGAGCUUUCCACCACCUGGUCCUGACAGCCGAAGAUGGGGGCUCUCCACCCAAGUCCAGCAAGACACGCAUCACCAUUCAGGUCCUGGAUGCCAAUGACAACCACCCGGUCUUUGACAGACCAUCGUAUGGAGCCCGCUUGGUGGAAAACUCGCCACUGGGCACCCUUGUGGUGAAGUUAAAUGCCACCGAUGUGGAUGAAGGACCCAAUGGAGAUAUCCGCUACUCCCUCAGCAGCCACAACUCAGCUGCCUUACGCCAGAUCUUUGCCAUCGAUGAGCAAACUGGGGAGAUUCGUGUCCAGGGCAACCUGGACUUCGAGGAGGCAACGGUGUAUGAGAUUGAAGUGGAGGCCAAGGACAUGGGGUCGCCAACGAUGGAGGAGCACUGCAGCGUGGUGGUGGAAAUCACUGAUGUGAAUGACAACGCCCCAGAGGUCAUUCUUACCUCAUUCUCCAGUUCCCUGAGCGAGGAUGCACCUCCGGGCACUGUGGUGGCUGUGAUACACGUCAGAGACAAGGACUCUGGUGACCAGGGCAAGGUCCAAUGUCGUGUAUCUCCAGAUCUUCCUUUCCAGCUGCGUAAGGACUAUGAGCACCAGUACUCACUGUUAACAAGUACCCGUUUGGACCGGGAGUAUAUUGCCUACUACAAUGUCACCAUCUCUGCCUCGGACCUGGGCAGGCCCCCACUUUCCCGCCACACCAUCUUGCCCAUCGCCCUGGCAGAUGUCAAUGACAAUGCGCCCCAGUUUGAGCAAGCGUCCUACGAAGUGCUUGUGGCAGAAAACAACGCAGUGGGCAGCGUGCUGGUUACAGUCUCUGCUGCUGACCCUGACUCGGAGCAGAAUUCCCGCCUCUCUUACACCAUCCUGCGAGCUGGUGGGACAGAUCCAGGCCUGGAUCCAACUCGCUACCUCUCCAUACAUCCCACCAGUGGCCAGGUCUCUGCCAAAUUCCCUUUUGACUAUGAGCAAACCACCUAUCUCCAGUUCCACGUGGAGGUCUCUGAUGGUGGCUCCCCGGCCCUGAGGAACAGGACGCUGGUUCACAUUUUUAUAGUGGACCAGAAUGACAAUGCCCCACAGGUGCAUUUCCCCAGGGCCGGGGAGGACUCUGCUACCCAGUUCCGAAUCUCCCCCUUCACCACCCCUCCUGCUCUCAUCACCAAGGUGGUGGCAAUAGAUGCGGACUCCGGGCUCAAUGCCUGGCUCUCUUACCACCUCGUGGAAGCCACAGACCCGGGGCUUUUCAGUGUGACCCUGCGCUCUGGGGAGAUCUGGAUCACACGGGCCCUACAGGAGACGGAUGCCUCUGCGCAUGAACUGUUGGUGGUGGUCCGGGAUGCUGGGGAACCCCCACUCUCCACAGCUGUCACACUGGUGGUGCUGGUGGAGGAGAAGGGCCCAGAGGCCUUGCAGGGCUCAGAGGCUCGUGCCACUGAUGGUGGGGGUUUACCCACAAUUACGCUUUACCUGAUUGUGUCCCUAGUGCUCAUCUCCACCAUCUCUCUGGUGGGACUGGCCACACUGGGAGUGCGGUGCCUCCGGCGGCGCUCAGCGCCUGCCAACCAGGGCUGCUGCGUGGAGAGUGUGAACACGCUUCAGCCCCCACCCAGCCACAUUUUUGGGCGCUUGCACUAUGAGCCUAAGCAAGGGGACACGGUGAUGGGCGUCCAGGUGACAGCCACGGCCCCCCCCGCCCCGCUUUAUCGCUCCUGCUUCUCGCCGGUAUCAGACAUCAGCGAGUUCAUGUUUGUGAAACCCUCCGCGGCUCCAGCCGGUGCCAACCUGCCGGAUGCCACCCUGUGCAAAGAGGUGAGCUCUGAAGCGUGUGAGUCUGUCCCGACCGCAGCCCCGGCGUCUGCAGGGCUCGGCACCGAACCGGCUCGGGAUGCGGCACCCCCCAGCCGCUUUGGGGGGGGUGGGUGCCCGCCGGAGCCCGCUCCCAGCAGCCGGGCGGGGCGGAGCGGAGCGGGGGUUGCCGCUGCCGGGAGUCCCCGGCGCCCUCCCGGCGCUGCGAGGGCGGAUUGGCGGCGGCGGGGCUGGGGGGGGCUGCGCCGUGCGUAUUUUGGGGAAGGCAGUGAUGGAGGAGGAGGGAGAGAAAAAGGAGGAGGAGGAGGAGGAGGAGGAGGGGGCUGUGGAGAGACGUAAAACUGUCACUCGUUCCAUCCCCUCCGCUCGCCGACUUUGUGUGUCUUUGCGUGCCGAGAAGCGGCUCCGCCGGCCGGGCUGCUAUCGCCCCCCCACCCCCUCCAUCCCCCCCCUGCCUGGCUCCGCGGUUCCGGCGGCGGCUUCCUCCCUGCACAAUCCGCUCGGAUCCCCCCCGGUCACCGGGGUUCCGGCGCGGCGGCGGCGGCUGCCGGGGUCGGCAGCGGGGAGACGGGGGAGGCUGCUCGGAGCCGCCGCCGCUCCGCUCCGCGCUGCUCAGCUCGCGCACCCGGUACGGGAUGCUCGGGGGACGGGGUUGGCCAUGGCAGCUCCCGCUGCUGCUCGCAGCUCUCUCCUGCCUGGCGGCUUCCAGCAGCGCUCAGCUCCGCUACUCCGUGCCCGAGGACCGAGAGCCGGGCUCCUCCGUGGGCGACCUGGCCAAGGACCUAGGGGUGGAGGUGCGGAGCCUGGCCACCCGCAACCUGCGCCUGGUGAGCGAGGGGGGACAGCGGCACUUCCAGGUGGACUUAGUGGCGGGAGUGCUGCUCCUCGAUAGGAGGCUGGACCGGGAGGCACUGUGUGGGCAGAGCCCCACGUGCUCUCUGCACCUCCAACUCGUCAUGGAGAAUCCCCUCCAGCUCCACCGUAUUGAGGUGGAUGUCCUCGACGUGAAUGACAACGCACCCCAGUUCCCUAAGCCAGAGGUGGUCUUGGAGAUCACUGAGGUAGCCAACCCUGGGACUCGGCUACCCUUGGAGGUAGCAGAAGACCCGGACAUGGGCUCCAACUCCAUCUCUACCUACGAGCUCAGCCCCAGUGAGCAUUUUGCCCUGAGUAUCAACAUGAGGGGAGAUGGGGUUAAAAUGCCCGAGAUCGUGCUUGAAAAAGCACUGGAUAGAGAGAAAGUGCCUGUUCAUCAUUUAACACUGACAGCCCUGGAUGGAGGGAAUCCGGUGAAAUCUGGCACUGCCAAGGUUACCAUCCAUGUCCUGGAUGCAAAUGACAACCCUCCUGUCUGUGAUCCACCUAUAUCCAAGGUACACCUGGAGGAGAAUGUACCGGUGGGCACUCUGGUCACCAAGUUGAAUGUCACCGACCUGGAUGAAGGUCCCAACGGGCAUGUGGAAUAUUCUUUCAAAACAAGCAAUAAUGCACCUGGUAAAUUCACCAAGCUGUUUUCCUUAGAUCCCCGGACAGGGGAGAUCAGAACCAAAGCCCCCCUGGAUUACGAGGAAUCCAGUGCUUAUGAGAUUGCGGUUCGAGCCAGGGACAAGGGAUCCCCAGCCAUGGAAGGGCACUGUCACCUGCGAGUGGAGUUAAUCGAUAUCAAUGAUAACAGCCCAGAGAUUGUUCUGACCUCUCUGUCCAGCCCGGUGCAGGAGGAUGCAACCCCUGGCACUGUGAUUGCUCUCAUUGGUGUGAAGGACAGUGAUUCUGGUGACAAUGGGCAGGUCCGUCUGCAGAUAGCGAAAGAGCUCCCAUUUAAACUGGUGUCAUCUUUUAAAGAGCAUUUCUCACUGGUUACAAAUGGUCCCCUUGAUCGGGAGAAGGCCAAUGGAUACAACAUCACAGUGAGAGCUGUGGAUUCAGGGUUCCCGCAGAGGGCUACACAAAAAACCUUCUACCUCCAAAUUGCUGACGUGAAUGAUAAUGCACCAAACUUCAGCAGCCCUUUUGAUACAGCUCACAUUCAGGAAAACUCUCUUCCUGGAACUUCUGUCUUUUCUGUGUCAGCAUCUGAUCCUGAUGAGGGUAGCAACUCCAAGCUGUCUUACUCCAUCUUGGACAAUGGGAUGCAGGAUAUACCCAUCUCGACCUACUUUCGAAUAGACCAGGACAACGGCACCGUCUAUACCAUGCGAGCUCUGGACUAUGAGCAGGACAAGGUGUUCCAGGUGCCUGUGGAGGUGAAGGAUGGUGGGUCUCCUGCACUGAGUAGCACUGCUGUGGUCCAUGUGUUUGUCCUGGAUGAGAAUGACAAUGCCCCCACCAUUGUCUACCCGUCCGUCCCUAAGGGUUCUGCCUUCCACCAAACCAUCCCGGUCUUGGCAGAACCUGGCUAUCUGGUCACCAAAAUUGUAGCUGUUGAUGCUGAUAGUGGCCAUAAUGCUUGGCUGUCCUACCAGCUGCAGGAGAGUGCUGAGGCUUUGCCCUUCCAAGUGGAACACCGCUCUGGAGAGAUAAGGGUUGCACAGGCUCUCAGGGAGUCAGAAGAUCCCCACAGGCUGGUGGUCGAAGUGAGGGACAAUGGGACACCAUCCCUCUCGGCCUCUGUGGUAAUAGUAAUUUCUCCAGAGGAAAACAGUGUGCAGGACUUUGCCAAGUCCUUGGACCUCCCCAAAUCUUCUCCCAAGGAUACCAACCUAACUCUUUACCUCAUCAUCUCCUUGGUGUCCAUUUCCCUUGUGUCCUGUGUGAUGUUUGCUGUGGCGGCUGCCCGGUGUCUCAAAGCUGGCACUACCAGCUGGACCUUUGCGGGUUGCUGCCGAGGGACUGGCCGCAAGCCCGCCUCCCAUUUCCGUGGGCAAAUGAAGCCAGAUGGCUUCAUCAAGUACCUGGACGUGGGAGGAGCGGGCUUGACCUCCCAGGCACAGAAUUACACCUCUUGUUUUUCGCCCAUGUCUGACCAGAGUGACUUCCUCUUUGUAAAACCUUUCAGCCAUUCUAGCACUGCGGAGACUGUGGCUGCCUAUGAGCAGGUGACCAGCACCUUAGCGAGUCCCUGCGAUGGGCAAGCUCAGCCUAACACCGACUGGCGCUUCUCUCAGACCCAGAGACCUGGAACAAGUGGCUCCCAGAAUGGAGAGGAAGGUGGAGCCUGGCCGAACAACCAGUUUGACACGGAGAUGCUCCAAGCCAUGAUCCUGGCUUCAGCAAAUGAAGCUGCUGAUGGCAACUCGACGCUGGGCGGUGGGAUGGGCACCAUGGGGCUGAGCGCCCGCUACGGCCCCCAGUUCACCCUGCAGCACGUCCCCGAUUACCGGCAGAACGUCUACAUCCCGGGCAGCACCGCCACCCUCACCAACGCCGCCGGCAAGCGUGAUGCCAAGAGCGCCGGCUCCUCGGGAGGCAACAAGAAGAAGUCCGGGAAGAAGGAGAAGAAGUAGAAGAAGAAGAAGGAGACCUUAGAGCCACAGGGCAGCCAGCUCCAGCACUCCCUCAACCCACAGCUCAGGCCGGAGGACGAAUGUCAAUAAUAUUGUGUUGCUAAAAGUAGGAAACGCUGCGAAUGUAUCUCCUCAUCAUCAUCAGAGCUAGGAGCAGGGUCUCGCUGCUGUUAGAUCUCAUGAUGAAAACCAAUCCGGAAGCUAAACCGAAUGCAAACAAGUGCCCUGUGAAUACUUGCUAAUGUUUUAUACGAUCCCUUGGGUAUUAGAAUAUGCAAGGGCAGAAGGUCUUCUGCCACAUCUUUCGAUCCGAUUUGCUCCCAGAUAGUCCGAGAAGGGCACAAGGCUUGUGCUCGGCUUUGCCCAGUGUAAAUAAUUUUAGCAGGGAUCUUUUAAUUUAUAGACCUUCAAUCAUUUUUCUUUGGAAAGGAAGUUCCUAGCUUAGAGCCCAUGCUCCAGAUCUUUGCUCUUAAACUUUCCAUUAGUAAAAUUCACACCCAGUUAAUGAUAGUGAUGGAUUUGUUGCUGAGAAGUUGGUAGGGAGUGCUUCAGUUCCUGCUUCCCUGUUACCUGGAAAAACAAUAAGUAAGUGUUUAUAUUGCAUGAGUCAAAGGGAAUAUGGCAAAGCUGCAUCCUAAACAUUUAUUUUCUUGUUUUAAAGUGCAACCACUGAUGGCCUGAAAGAUGAGAUUAAAAUCCCCUUCCUGAUGUCUUAGAGGUGGGGAAUUCAAUGAGGAGCACGCCGAGGUGUGCGGCAGCUGCCCCAGCGGUUCUAGGGGUCUCCGAAGAGCAGACACAUCUCAUCCCUUCUUUGCAGUAAAUAUUUAUAUGUACAGUCAAUGUUCUUCUGGAAUUAAAGCUAAGAGAGUCUCACUCCCCUGUGGCCAGGUGGCCAUCUGGCCAACUCCCCUUCAAGGGGACCAGGGGACAAUGCUUCACGCUUCUGCACACCGUGUCUGCAUGCACGUCCUUCACCUCACGCCUGCACUAGCGCAGUUAGCUCCAUGGACCCAGAGAAGUCCUCGCAUGCCCAUGCAGCGUAGUGUGAACAGCCCCUCUGUGCUGGGGCUGCCUUGGGAGGGGUGGGGUGGGUGGGGUGGGUGAAAUGGGAUGGGGAAACUCAUCACUUCUUAUUUGGGGGUUAUUUGGGGUCUCAGCCAAAGGGGUGAAAUAUGCAGAGCUGCCAACGUAAAGCUUUGGUGCAGAGUUGGUGACUGAGUAAGUGAUAGUUGGUUUGGUGGUGUUUGGGGACCAGACCCAGGGAAGGGAGCUAAGAGCUGACGGUGAGCAUGGGGUGAUGCUGCAAAGCUGGUGAGCUGGGGCAACAAGGUGGGGAUGUCACAAGGGACCACGCCAAGCCAGCCCAGAGGAGAUGUUCCCACUGACUUCAGGCUUUCCACCCGGUGUAGGGAAUCAAAGGAUGACGAAUAGAGUUUCUCCACAUGCCCAUCACCCUUGCACCAGGUCAGCUUCCCGUAUCAAAGCAGCUCUGAGCCCCCUCAGGUUGGCAAAGAGGGGCUUUGUGUAGCCAGAGCGAGGAGAGGGGGUGCGGGCUGGCCAGGAAGGGGUUUCUUAGGGGGUGUGUGUUGUUUUUUCCUUUUUUAACCACUAACACAUAACUCACCCGAGCAGAUCCAGCCCUUUCGGCCAGGCUGUGGCCACCCCACCGCUGCCCCCUCCCCAAACCCAGGGCAGCAGGAGCAUCCGCUGUGGUCCAUCUGGAUCCAGCCACCUCUGGCACUGGCUGCACUGGGAGCAGUUCCCAGCCUGUCCCCUGCAGCUGCCACCUGCCCCCCUUCUAGAAAUGCUGUAGCUGAAUCGUAGUCUUUAUAUUUCUUUUUAACCUGCAAUCUGAGGUAGCAUAGUGAGUGUUGUGUAUUUAGUGCUGUGUUAUUUUUAAUCUUGGUAACUAACUCGUGGCCACCAGUAUUUUCAAUUCUCUCUGUAUCUUCUUUCCAUGUGCUCUGUGCUCCGAGUGUAUGUGAAAUGAAACACGUUUGCCCUUUCAAUGUGUCUAAUAUUGAAUUAUACUUAUAUAUUAUAUAUAUGCUUAUAUCCUUCUUAUACCCAUAUAGACCAACGUCGAUGUGUUACACGCAAGUUUUAUACUCUAAUAUUUAUAUGGCUUUUUUUCUUUGGGAAAAAAAAAAAAAAAAAAAAUGGUU